CGAUGGAUCCGUUCCACUUUCCCCUGAUUCUAUCUGACUGAUGUAUUCCUUCUUCCCAGUAACGUCAUCGGAGUACCUGAAUGUUGCUUUCUAUAGAACACGUGUUAUCAAAUAGGUUUUUCAUUUGGUUUGAUUUUUCAGACUCUUGAAACUCCCUCAACUAGAUUUUAAAAGACUACAUUGAAAGAAAUGGCCAAGAGAACACAACCAACUUGGCAUCUACCAGAUAGAAAGGAUGCCAUGGUACUGCGAUUGUACAACAGUUUGACUAGAGAGAAGGAGAUAUUUGUCCCGCAGUUUGGAAAUCGUGUUUUGUGGUACAGUUGUGGACCUACUGUCUAUGAUGCAUCUCACAUGGGUCAUGCAAGAUCAUAUAUAUCUUUUGAUAUUCUGUAUUUUGGAUAUGAUAUCUUAUACGUGAUGAAUAUUACUGAUAUAGAUGAUAAGAUCAUAAAAAGAGCAAGACAGAAUUAUCUGUAUGAAAAAUAUGUGGAAGAAAAUCACAGCCUUAAUAGUAUAUUAGAUGAUGUCAAAGAAGUAAUGUCUAAUUUUGAAAAUGUUGUAAGAACUACAAGUAGUGCCGAUAAGAAAUGCAUGUUAGAACAAAUGUUGUAUAAAAUAACAAGAACUAUCGAAGAUCUGCAGAAGGCAGUAAAAGAGAAGGAUGAAAAAAAGAUUAUAAGGUUUCAAGACGCAUUAUUGAAAGAGGCUAAAGAUCCUUUAGCCGACUGGUUAGACAAAAUCAAAGGUAGCACAAUUACGGAACAUUCCAUAUUUAAUAAAAUAUCGAAACAUUGGGAAGCUGAAUUUCAUAAAGAUAUGGACGCUUUAAAUAUAUUAAAACCAAACGUACUCACAAGAGUUAGCGAAUAUGUAGAGGAGAUAAUAACAUUUAUACAACAAAUAAUAGAUAAUGGAUAUGCUUAUGAAAGUAAUGGAUCAGUAUACUUUGACGUAGACAAAUUUGAUAAACAAGAGAAACAUUCUUAUGCCAAGCUUGUACCAGAAGCGUACGGCGAUACGUCAAGCUUAGAAGAGGGAGAAGGCGAUUUGAGUACUACAGCAGAUAAACUCUCUGAAAAGAAAUCGGUAACAGACUUUGCACUUUGGAAAUGUUCAAAGGCAGGUGAACCUUGGUGGGAGAGUCCUUGGGGCAGAGGACGUCCAGGAUGGCAUAUUGAAUGCUCGGUCAUGGCGUCUGCAAUUUGUGGAGAAAGUUUAGAUAUCCAUACAGGCGGAGUAGAUCUUAAAUUUCCUCAUCAUGAUAAUGAACUUGCGCAAGCAGAAGCAUGUUUCAAUAACUCACAUUGGGUUAGAUAUUUCCUGCACUCUGGCCACUUGACUAUAGCUGGCUGCAAGAUGUCCAAAUCGCUAAAGAACUUUGUAACGAUACAAGACGCUUUAAAGAAAUAUUCAAGUAGACAACUCAGACUUGCUUUUCUUCUGCAUUCAUGGAAAGACACUUUAGAUUAUAGUGAUAAUACUAUGAAUAUGGCUGUACAAUAUGAAAAAUUUCUUAAUGAAUUUUUUUUAAAUAUAAAAUGUAAGAUUAGAAGUUUGGGAACAAAUACUACUACUACUAUUGAUAGUUUUAUUAAAUGGUCUAAUUUGGAAGUGAAACUCAAUGAGAAAUUUUAUCUUGCAAAGCAUUCUAUACAUAAAGCAUUGUGCGACAAUAUUGAUACAAGAACUGUUCUCAAUUUAAUACGGGAGCUCGUGACAAAUUGCAAUGUGUACAUGAGUCAAAGUAAAAAUCCAAACUUGCUUCUUCUUAGGGAUAUCGCCGUGUAUAUUACGAAGAUAUUUACCAUUUUUGGAGCUGUUUCUUCUUCGUACAAUUCAAUUGGAUUUCCAAUUAAUGAUGAGAUAGUCAAUACAAAUGUUGAAGAAACUGUUAUGCCAUAUGUUGAAAUUCUGGUGAAUUUCCGAGAAAAAGUUCGAAAUUGUGCGAAAACUUUGAAAGCGAAAGAUAUUUUACAAGAGUGCGAUCAAUUGCGGGAUGAUAUUUUACCUAACGUUGGUGUGCGGUUGGAAGAUAGUAACGAAGGAGAGUGUAAAGUAAAAUUAGUCAACAGGGAAGAGUUGUUGAAGGAGAAAGAAAUUAAGAAGAAACUAGAACUUGAGAAAAUCUUAGAGAAGGAAAAAAUAAAAGCAGAGACUGCUGCUGUAGCAGCAGCAAAAGAAGCGCAGAAAAGAAUAUCGCCAAGCGAUAUGUUCAGAUUGGAGAAAGAUAAAUAUUCUCAAUUUGAUGAUAAGGGAUUACCAACACAUGAUGCCGAAGGUAAAGAAAUUAGCAAAAGUUUAUUCAAGAAGUUGCAAAAGUUACAGCAAGCACAAGAAAAAAAAUAUAAUGAAUAUUUGGCUUCCACGCAAAAUGGUUGCUUAUAAGAUCCUUCCACAUAAGAAAUAAUCUCGACUUAUUUAUGAAGUUAUAGUUUAGUAUAGCAAUUUCAUACUUCAACAACUGUAUUUUUUGUGUUACUUUCACAUUACAAGAAUAAUAAUUCCUUUUCUAAAAUAUUGAGAAAUAUCGAAAUU